ACGAGUUUCUGACGAGCCUAGGAACCACCAUACCGUAGUAGCAUCCUCAGACCCAAGCCUCCUCCCUGCAUGCCUGCUCGCUUGUCGCAGCGCCUUCCCCCAUGUCGCCAUCUAGCGCGAGCCAUGGCUUCCAGCCGUUACCAUUGUUCUCUAUUCACCCCUAAGUUGCCCGUGGCAUCAAACCUGGCUUUCCCGUCGACUGCUGGUUCUUGUCUCCCUGUCCGAUAUCAGCUCGUCGUUCGAAGCCCACUCCGCGUUUCCCCUGGUCGCGAAUCAGACAGCGCCGCCGGUUGCUCUCUCCCGUUUCCCGCGCGACCGUAUCGCUCGCUUCCGUUACUAACCGCACGCUCGCCGCCGUUAGCUGGGCCGCAGGUCUCCCCCUCCCGUUAUUAUCACAGUACGAGACAGGCAACAUCGUUGAAUUGUGUUCGAUUUUAUCACCACCGCUUUCCCUACGGCCAGGGGGGUCUCACCUGGCUGCCCGGAUCGGACUCAGCACAGUCUGCUCCGUCUGUGAUUGCCGCGGCAACAAGUGGUUCCGAGCCUUCUUCGUCGGUUUCCGAGCCUGUUGGUUCGGAAUCCGAGCCUGCUGAAUCGGUGGCCGAGGCUGUCGCCAUGGCUUCGCCACCGGAGGGUAUUGCGGGAAAAGCUGGCGCGAGUGAUGGAUCCCGUGCUCGGAAGGGUGUGGUUAUACGCGAUAUAGAGCAACUGCAGCGAAAGAAGCAGGCGAUGAGAGCAGCUGGACGCGAUACAGUGCAGGUGAUCGCUGACUUCGACCGCACUCUCACCAAGUUCGCAGUCAACGGCAAGCCGGGCCAGAGCUGCCACAUGCUGCUGAAUCUGGGCCACCCCGAGUUGGAGGAGAGGGGGCGGCAGCUGACAGCCAAGUACCUGCCUCUAGAGACGGACCCACACUUGCCCUAUGAGGAGAAAUUCAAAUAUAUGGUGGAGUGGUGGACAGCGGCGCACGAGCUGCUCCUGGAGAGUGGAAUCACCCGUGCUGACGUCAGUCAGAGCGUGGCCGCUGCCAACACUGCCUUCAGAGACGGCUUCAGCGACACGCUUGCUCUGCUAGAGGCCCAUGGUGUGCCACUUCUCAUAUUCUCCGCUGGGCUGGCAGACGUGAUAGAGGAGCUCCUGCAUCAGCAGCUUCCUCGCUCCUUCUCCAACGUGAGAGUGGUGUCCAACCGAAUGCAGUUCGAUGAAUCUGGACGUCUCGUCGCCUUUCCAGGCCGCAUCAUUCACGUGCUCAACAAGAACGAGCACUCACUUGAGUUAGCUGCUGCGGAGGAGCAGGCAGCUUCCACAAGUGAUGAUGGCAAAGAGUUUGUGAGGAAUGUGGAACAAGGCUCAGCCACGCAAGUGCUUACGAUGGCCAAGAAAGGUGACAAUAACAGUUCUGAUACAGUCACACAUGGUACAAUCACAGCAGCAGAGGAGGUGGCGGAGGUGCGGAGCAGGACGAAUGUGAUUCUACUGGGGGACCAUCUGGGGGAUCUGGGGAUGUCGGAGGGCGUGAGCAUCAGCAAUCAGAUCGCGGUGGGGUUUUUGAACCACGAUGCGGAGCGCCAGCUGGAGCUGUACACGCAGGCGUUUGAUGUGGUGGUGCUUGAUGAUGGGCCCAUGGACGUGGUCAUUGAGCAACUGAAGGAUAUUUUCUCUUAGGGAUAAUGAUGUACUGUAUUCCCCCGGAUAUAAGGACCGCCCUUUAUUUCGCACCAUGGUGUGUUUAUCCGGGUAGGGUGCCACAUCGUCAAUUCCGAUUAGGCAUGAGCAACGUCCCGGCCCGGUCCGACCCACCCGGUUUAGGAUCGGCUCAACUAGAAACCGAGCCAAGCCGGCCCGGCUCGACCCGGGCCGGUUUCUCAGACUUCCUGACUCGGUCCGAGUUUUUAGACCCGGGCCAACCCUGGCCCGGGGGGCGGGGCGGGCCGGCCCGCCCUCAAAACCAGGGCCCAAAUUAGCCGGG